UCCCUGUGAAGGAGUCUGCAGGGCCACGAGCCUAUAGGAGAGCAGAGCCCAUAGGGCCAACCCCCAGAGCUAUAGGUGACACUGUGUAUAAGAGUGUGUGAUGUGGCUGUGCUCACCCCACCUCACCAGCCUACUGCCACCCUACAGCCACCACACCAACCGUCCAGAAUGGCCCACAAGUUCCCGGCACUCACCACUGAACAGAAGAAGGAGCUGUCUGAGAUCGCUCAGCGGAUUGUUAAGGAUGGCAGAGGAAUCCUGGCAGCGGAUGAGUCCGUGGGGACCAUGGGCAGCCGUCUGAAGCGCAUCAACGUGGAGAACACAGAAGAGAACAGACGCGUGUUCCGUAAUCUUCUCUUCACAUCUGACCCGAAGCUGAACGAGAACAUCGGCGGAGUCAUUCUUUUCCACGAAACACUGUACCAAAAGGCCAACAGUGGUGUCCCCUUCCCCAAACUCCUAAAGAAUCUGGGCAUUGUCGUGGGAAUCAAGGUAGAUAAAGGCACGGCCGCCCUCGCUGGGACUGACGGAGAGACCACCACUCAAGGUCUGGAUGGUCUUGGAGAGAGAUGCGCUCAGUAUAAAAAGGAUGGCGCUGACUUUGCCAAGUGGCGAUGCGUGCUGAAGAUCUCAGACCACGCCCCUUCAAGCCUCGCCAUUUACGAGAACGCCAAUGUGUUGGCACGGUAUGCCAGUAUCUGCCAGCAGAACGGUCUGGUGCCAAUUGUCGAACCUGAAAUAUUGUCCGAUGGGUCACAUGAUCUCCAGAGGUGUCAAUACGAGACAGAAAAGGUCCUCUCGGCGGUGUACGCCGCGCUCAUCCAGCAUCACGUAUAUCUGGAGGGAACACUCCUAAAACCAAACAUGGUCACAGGCGGACAGUCCUGUCCCCAAAAAUUCACCCCAGAGCAGGUCGCCAUGGCAACUGUCACCGCUCUGAGACGAACCGUUCCUGCUGCCGUACCCGGUAUUUGCUUCUUGUCCGGAGGUCAGAGUGAAGAGGAGGCGUCUCUCAACCUGAACGCCAUGAACCGCUGCGACCUUCUCCGCCCCUGGCGUGUGUCCUUCUCGUACGGCCGCGCGUUACAGGCUUCAUCGCUCUCCGCAUGGGUCGGGAAAACAGAAAACGAGAAAGCAGCCCAGGAGGCCUUCCUCAAGAGAGCUAAGAUUAAUGGCUUGGCUUCUCUCGGGAAGUACGUCCCAUCAGGAUCCUCGGACGCAGCCUCCUCCGCCUCUCUCUUCCAAGCAAGUUACACCUACUGAGCUCCUCCCCUUCAUCUAUAGGGGCUUCCUCCAGACUCUGAGCCAUUUCUAUAGGUUGUCCUAAGAUAAGUAACAUCCUGUGCAGUAGAAAUAUCACAAACUUUAAUAUUCCUUAUAAUGUUGGUACUGGGUGCGGUCAUGAUUCCAUCCUGGGAGAAGUGAUUGCACCCACAUAGGUGGGAGCGGUGUACAAAGGCAAUGAAGAUACUGUAUAGGAACCAUCACAGAUUCUUUUUUCCUUGCUGCUAUAUAAAGAAUGACCAAACUAAUCGGGAACAUGAAGUUAAUAAAAACUUUCUGUAAAAAAACAA